AUGUUCUCCACUGAAUAUCCAUCCAGAAGGUCGGUGGUCCACUCGGUCAGGGGCAUGGCUUCGUCCAGUCAACCUCUUGCCAGUGCUGCUGCCGUGAAGAUUCUUGAUAAGGGUGGAAAUGCUCCUAUGGCUGCUGUGGCCAUGGCUGCUGCCAUUGGUGUUCUGGAACCCCAUAUGACUGGUCUGGGUGGUGAUGUCUUCAGUUUGUACUAUGAAGCCAAGACCAAGAAAGUUCAUGGAAUUAAUGGCUCAGGUCACUCGCCAAUGGCUUCUUCGAUUGAAUUGCUUAGAAAAGAUGGUGUCACAGGACCUCGUAUCCCCACUUCAAGUGUAUACUCAGUGACUGUUCCUGGAGCAGUUGCUGGUUGGAUCGAUGUGGUCGAGAAAUGGGGUAAUGGCAAGUUGACUAUGGCCGAAAUUCUUGAACCUGCUAUCUCAUUGGCUGAAAAUGGUGCACCAAUCUCACGAAUCAGUGCUGAGAGUUGGGCCAAUGGCGCUGAAAGACUGCUUAAUACAUCUCCCAAUGGAGGUGAGCUGUUGAUUGAUGGUAAACGAUCACCUAAAGAGUCGGAGGUUUUUAUUAAUAAAGGCAUGGCUGAAGUUCUCAAGAGAAUUGCCAAGCAUGGAAAAGACGGUUAUUACAAAGGAGAGACUGCUGAUGCUAUUGUACAGGUUGUCAAGGAAAAGGGUGGUGUCAUGACCCAUGAAGACCUUGAAGCUCACAAAUCCAAGUUUGUAGAACCUAUUAAUGUCGACGUCGACGAAAAGAUCAAAUUGCAUGAACUGCCUCCUAACGGCCAAGGUGUAGUGGCUUUAAUUGCCCUUGGAAUCAUCAAGCAGCUCGAAAAGAAGGGUGUUGUCAACACCAAAACACUCAAACACAACUCUGUUGAAUAUCUCCAUUUAAUCAUUGAAUGCUUGAAAUACGCAUUCAAGGAUGCCGAGGAGUUUGUUACCGAUGUUGACAAGCUUGACUAUGAUCCUAACGAUCUUCUUUCUGAAGAGUUCCUUGCUGAGCGUGCUAAACUGUUUGAUCCUACUAAAGCCAAUGAGAAGUUCGAUCAUGGAGUUCUGAAUCCUGCCAGAAAGUCUGAUACUGCCUAUUUCACAUGUACAGAUGAAGAAGGCAAUGCCUGUUCGUUCAUUGCGUCUCUUUAUAUGGGAUUCGGCAGUGCCAUUGUGCCCAAGGGCUGUGGAUUCAGUCUUCAAAACAGAGGAUGUAAUUUCAACCUCACUCCCGGUACCAGAAACACUUUUGGACCCAACAAAAGACCCUAUCACACCAUCAUUCCCGCCAUGAUCACUAAUGUCGAAGACGACAGUCUAUAUGCCACCUAUGGAGUCAUGGGAGGAUUUAACCAACCCCAGGGUCAUCUCCAAGUCGCAUAUAACCUCGAACUGUUCGGAAUGAACCCUCAGGAGGCGCUUGAUGCCCCUCGUAUGUGCAUGUACGCCGAUACCACUACACCCGACUCUGGUCUUGGCAGCGACAGUCCCAUUUCCACAGUUCGUACCAUUGUCGGACUUGAGGAAGGCAUCUCUCCCGAAGUUGUGGCCGGACUUGAAAAACUCGGUCACUCCGUCAAACUCGUCACUGGUCCCGGUCGUAGUCUGUUCGGCCGUGGCCAGGUUAUCCGAUCCAACCUCGCCCAAAACGGUCGUGUCUCUUACAGCGCUGGUUCAGACCUCCGUGGCGACGGUGCCGCCAUUCCCCAGCUUUAA